AUGAGUGUACGAAUCCCUACUCGAAACGGCCCUUCUCAGGGCAGCGACGCAGACCUCAAAGUCAUCUUCUGGAACGCUGGAGGUCUAAGCAACAGCAAGUUUUUAGAACUCAAACGAAGCGUUCUCGAAAAGAACGUUGAUAUAUAUGUCAUUGUAGAGGCAGGAGCCGCUACAGACACACCUCACCUCUACUCUACAGUUGGCUAUUCAACCCAUGUGCUGAAGAGGAGUCGACAAGCAGCGUCAGGAAUUAUCAUCGGAAUCAAAACCCCUCUAGUAUGCAAGACUAAGAUAUUCCACGAAAUGCAGGAUAGAGGUAAACUGGAAAUGUUCCAGGUCGAAGUCUGGAAAAACUCGAAACAUGUCACCCUUUUCUUACUAUACAAUCCGCCAGAUAAUAUACCUGCAUUGCAAUUGGUAGAGCAACAAAUCCAGCCAAGUACCAUCAUAAUUGGAGAUUUCAAUAGUCCAUCCACGAGAUGCGGCUACUCUAGAACCACCAACGUUGGGAAACACCUCGAGGACUUUUUGUAUAGUAACUAUCUUGAUGUAGUGAACACCCCACCUACGUUCUUAUCGUUUAUAGGAAGUCAAUCAAGGCCCGAUCUUGUCGUAACACACCCAGACAUUACAGGGAAGACCAGUGUAACCCUCCCGGACGACGCAGCAGGCUGUGGUCACCGCGCUCUGCUAGUGACAUGCAAACUGGCAAAGGACAAAAAAGCCCAAAAUCGCGCCCCCCGCUGGAAUUUUAAAAAGGCGGAUUGGAAAAAGUACAGGGAAUGCACAGAUGAAGUCCUUACUCAGUUAACACUACAAGAACCAGAAGAAGCAGCAAAGAAAGUAACCGAGGCCAUACUUAAAUGUGCAAAAAAGUGCAUACCGCGAGGUCAAAUUAAGGGGUAUAAGACUUUCUGGUCCCCAACGCUAUUCAAAUUGAAAGCUGCCAGAAAUAAAGCCAGGGGCAAAGCUGAAAAAUCCAGGCAAAUGAACGAUUGUUACCAGCAGACAAUGUAG